AUGGAGAACAUAAUUUCCACACUUGAUCACGUGCCUGUGGGAUUCAGGUUUCGUCCCACAGAUGAGGAGCUUGUCAGCUAUUACCUCAAACACAAGCUGCUUGGAGAUGAUUUCCCUGUCCAUGUCAUUCCAGAGAUCGACCUUUGCAGAGUGGAACCUUGGGACGUACCAGCAAAAUCAGUGAUCAAAUCCGAUGACCCGGAGUGGUUUUUCUUCAGUUCUGUGGAUUACAAGUAUUCCAAAAGUACAAGGGUCAACAGGACUACCAAGCAUGGCUUCUGGAAAUCCACUGGAAAUGACCGUAACAUUAGGACUAGAGGCACCAACAAUGUCAUUGGGACAAAGAAGACUCUCGUUUUCCACGAAGGUCGUGUUCCCCGUGGUGCCAAGACCAAUUGGGUUAUUCAUGAAUAUCGUGCCCUUACCUCCCAUGAAAGCCAGAAUACUUUGGUUUUAUGCCGCUUGAUGAAGAAAGCUGACAAAAGAAAAGAAGGGGGAAUUGAGGCACCAAAUUUUCUUGAUGAAAUUAGCUUACCUGAAUUUACAUUGGAAGAAAUCUUGAAGGCAGCGGAACUCUUCCCCCCAGUAGAACAGUAUGAUGAUGAUGAUGAGUUCGUAAAUUCAAUUUUUGUUGAUAAUGAAGAGGUUAUUAUCAAUGAAGAAAGAAGACACUGUUUUGUCAAUAGUUCCACCCAACCAAAGUCAUUGAGAAGGGUAUACAAUGCAAGCAGUGACACAGAUGCUGAAGUUGUCUCUAAUCUGGUAAAGGUAAAUUGUCCAAAGUCCAAAUGA